AAAUGAGAUACCGGCAACUUUUUACAAAGACGUGGGAAGGAAAACAGAAGGUUGGAUUCGUGAUGUAUGACAAGGAUCGUAACCGAUGGGCAAAGGUUGGUACAACGGCGAGACUGAUCAGUUUUGAUACCAAGCCUGAUGGGAAGAUCAUGACCUUGGGGGAGGGUGAUGAGAGAUUUAGAGUGCUCAAAGUCACGAGGAUUGGAAGCCAGAUGGAAUAUAUGAAGGCAUUGGUGGAGUACAUCGAUGAUGAAAACACUGAAGAGGAUUUGAAACCGCUGGAAGAAAACGUUUGGGAAUCUCUCAAGCAAGUUUUGUCCCUUUCCAAUGAACUCUACGGCAAGAAGUUGGAUUUGAAAGAUAGUCUAAAAUCUCUUGCUCCGCGCAAGUCAUACAACAUGGGGAAGAAACCGCUAAGGUCAGAAAUCGUACGACAAAGGUUGUUUUCGUUUGCUGUUGCCCAGGUUUUGGACAUGCCUCUCCUCGAACAGCAAUCAUUGCUGCAAGUUCAAGACACGAAGGAGAGAUUCCGCAGGGAGAUGGGCAUGCUGGAAAUGGCUCAACAAUUUUUGACUGCGCAAGUGUCUCUGAAGAAUGCGUUUGGAUCCAGCACGGAAUGAUUGCAAACUCACUGUCGAACUGUUUAAUAGAAUGAAGGUUAACAAA